GUGAGAGAUCGCUUUUUCUCGGGCUCAUUGACAAUGAUUUAUGGCGAACAGACUGUGCACUACUUGGGUGGUGGUAGGGGGUUAUAUACUGUGGAGUGAUCAGGAAAAUUAGCACAAUACGAUAAGUGGAUUGGAUGGGAGGUUUGCAGUGAGGAGGAUGGUACGAGGGGAUAGCGGCUCGGACUCGGACGGGGCGGGGAGCUCCCCCAGCCCGCCGGCGGCACCGACUCUUCACCGGCAGGUGUGCGCGGAGUGCGCGGCGCUGCUCCACUCCUCCAAGCCGCCCGCCUGUUGGAACAUCAUCCACCUGUUCUGUGCCGGCUGUCUGGAGCGGAUGCCGGCGCGGGACGCCCUGCGAGCCCGGAUCCGGAUCGACCUGGGCCUGAAGCUGGUGUGUCCGGACUGCGGGGGGACCGAGGAGGCGCCCGGGGAGUGGGUGGACACGUACAGCGUCACCAGCCGCCUGCCCAAACUGCACGACCCGAAGGCAGCCGGACAAGACGACAGCAACAACAACAACAGCAGUCUGAGGGGUCGGCUGGUCCGGUGGUAACGGAGUACCAAACAAUGACUCUCCCCAUGUGAACGUGCUGUACCAUGGACACAACUGUACGCAAGAAACCCCCUGCCAUUUG